AUGGCACAACCUUAUAGAAUUCAGGACAGCGGAAGUGGUAAGCAAAUUUUGCCACAAAGCAUACAAGAAAACACUGGAGUGGCACGAAAUCGUUUCAGUCGUAGAAGAGAUAGAAUUUCACGAACGACAAGUUCUAAAAAUUCGGGUCGGGGUGACAUAAUUAGCUUCAGCGUUGAAGAAACGGGAGAAACGUCGAUGAAUAGUAAUGAACCAGCAUCUACGGUUGAGGAGGUAAUUGAAUCGAGUGACAAUGAAAAGGAGAAAAAUAAUGAACAAAUUCAACCUGAAAAUUAUACCCAAAAUUUUGUUCAACCCAUCUAUAUUGAUAUUGUGGAUGAUGGGGAAACAUCGAUGAAUAAUAGAGAAUCAGCACCCUCUAUUGAAGUAAUUGAAUUAAGUGACAGUGAAGAUCAAGAAGAGCUCGAUUAUGAUACUAUAGAGCCAAAUAUCAUGGAAAAUCAAGCAGAAAUUCGCCGAAAAAUUCAUUUGUACGGCCAGAUACGUCCUCAAACUGAAGAAGAACGCGAAUAUUCACCAUCACCAUGUGAAGGAUUCACAAUAGAUUUGGAUAAAGAUUAG